GCCGGCUGAAGAAGAAGAACCUCCAUUGAGGAAGAGGAAGUGGACUUGACAGUCAGUCUCCUUUAAUCUUUCAAUGGAGUUUGCCGAGCUAAUAAAGACACCGCGCGUAGACGGUGUGGUCCUCCACCGUCCAUUCCAGCCACUGGUGGAAGGCACGCUAUGCUUAACAGGACACCAUCUCAUCCUGUCUUCGCGUCAGGACAACAUCGAAGAACUGUGGCUGCUUCACGCCAACAUCGACGCCAUCGAGAAAAGGUUUGUAGGCUCCUCUGGGUCAAUCAUAGUGAAGUGUAAAGACCUCAGGACUAUUCAACUGGACAUCCCUGGCAUGGAGGAGUGCCUGAACAUUGCCAACUCUAUUGAGGCUCUCUCCACCCUGGACUCUGUGUCUCUCAUGUACCCUUUCUUCUACCGGCCCAUGUUCGAGGUGAUUGAAGACGGCUGGAACUCCUUCCUCCCAGAAGAGGCCUUCAAAGACCUUGAGUCCAUGACAGACGAGUGGAGACUGAGUGAGGUGAACAAGGACUUCAGCGUGUGCCCCUCCUACCCCCUGCUGGUCACAGUGCCAAAGGACAUUGAUGACGACACGCUGCGCAAGGUGGCCACCUUCCGGCAUGGCGGCCGCUUCCCUGUGCUCAGCUACUACCACAAGAAGAAUGGCAUGGUUAUGAUGCGCGCCAGCCAGCCCCUGACGGGCACCAACGGGCGGCGCUGCAAGGAGGACGAGAAGCUGAUCAACGCCACGCUGCGGGCGGGCAAGCGCGGCUACAUCAUCGACACGCGCACCAUCACCGUGGCGCAGCAGGCCAAGGCGCGCGGAGGGGGCUUCGAGCUGGAGUCCAACUAUCCGCAGUGGAGGAGGAUCCACAAGGCCAUAGAGAGGCACAGCGUGCUGCAGGAGAGCUUCAUCAAGCUGGUGGAGGCCUGUAACGACUCCUCCCACAGCAUGGACCGCUGGCUGAGCAAGCUGGAGGCCUCCAACUGGCAGAGCCACGUCAAGGAGAUCCUCACCACCGCCUGCCUGGCCGCACAGUGCAUCGACAGGGAGGGAGCCUCUGUGCUGGUCCAUGGUACUGAGGGGACGGACUCCACCCUGCAGGUGACGUCACUGGCCCAGAUCAUCCUGGACCCGUCCUGCAGAACCAUCCGCGGCUUCCAGGCCCUGGUGGAGCGGGAGUGGUUGCAGGCAGGCCACCCGUUCCAGCAGCGCUGCGCCCAGUCGGCCCACUCCAAUGGCAAGCUGCGCGGCGAGGCGCCCGUCUUCCUGCUCUUCCUGGACUGCGUCUGGCAGAUCCUACGCCAGUUCCCCUGCUCCUUCCAGUUCAGCGAACACUUCCUGGUGUUGCUCUUUGAGCACGCCUACGCCUCGCAGUUUGGCACCUUCCUCGGAAACUGCGCCGCUGACAGGGCCAAGCUGCAGCUCACCCAGAAGACGGUGGCCUUGUGGUCGUGGGUGAAGCGUCCAGAGGAACUGGAGCGCCUUAGCAACCCCCUCUACGAGCCCAACAGCCUGGUCAUCUGGCCCUCUGUAGCCCCACAGAGCCUGCUACUGUGGGAGGGCGUGUUCCUGCGCUGGAACCGCUCCUCCAAGUGGCUGGACGAGGCCUAUGAUGAGAUGGUGCACAUCAUCGACUACAAUAAGGAGCUGCAGAGCAAAGUCAACAGCCUGCGGAGGCAGCUGGCCCAGCUGGAGACCGAGGACGGCCCGCUGCAGACACCCUAGGACCCGGGACCGGACCGAGAUCAGGCCGCAUCCAGAGACGUCCAUGCUCCCACCCGGCAACCCCGACUCCCUAAAGCAGGGCGGUAUAUUUCACAAGAGUGGCUCAGUAUCAAACCUGGUUAAGUCUGGUAAAUCAGCUAAUAGAAGAGCCUGGAGUCCCCAAUUGCUUAUCGGAAUUACAACUCAGGGCUAUCUAUUAGCCGGUUUACCUCUUCCUGUUGGUUAACUUAGCCAGGUUUAUCACUACGUUCUUUGAAUGCCCCCCAGUACAGGGAUACAGUUACCGAUCAACCAAUACAAAACCGAAUGCAUGAACUUUUUUUUUUUCUUAUGUAUAUUAUACACUCUUGAUAUGUCUGUGACUUGUUCACCAUAUGGUUCACCGUACAGGUGGCUAAGAAGAGCCUAUGUAAUGUACCACAUGGUCAGCUAGUGAACGUCUUUGAUUUAGCACAUGUUGCAUACAUGCACACACACAAUUAGUUAAUGAUCACUUUGCAACACACACACACACACACACACACACACACACACACACACACACACACACACACACACACACACACACACACACACACACACACACACACACACACACACACACUAUAGUCUCUUAGGUGCUGUUUCCACGUAGCAGGGUAUUUUUUUCUCCUGCUACGUGGAAACGCAACAUGUGGAUAAAAAAAAUCCUCCAUUGUAACAAAUGCGUUUCAGACCCCUAAACAGGAUAUUUUUUUCUCCUGCUAUUUUUUUCUCCUGCACCUGGAUUUUUAAAUAUCUGCUACGUGGAAACGGAAGGCCAAAACCAAUGCAAAACCAAUACAAGCAGGAGAAAAAAAUAUCCACAUAUAAAAAUAUCCAGCUACGUGGAAACGGCACCUUAAACAGAUUGUAUACACACAGAAACACACUCAUGCACUGAGAAAUGCCACACGCACUAAUAUUUUGUGCCAUUUCCGUUUUCCAAAUCCUCCUCCAUUACAGGGUUUCCUGUCCUGCAUGUCAUUGACAGGGUGUUUCAUUUCAUUCGGCACUAAACAUUCCAGACACAUCAGUGUCUCACUCUAUCCCUUGCUUUGAAAUGCAAUUCAUUCACAAGAUGAUGUCACCGCUCUCCCAGUCUCAGUCGACACUACACUUCAUGUCACGCUGACAUAGAUUACAUUGAUUCCGAGAGCAAAUGAUCUAUCACUGACUAAAACGUGUUAAAGCGUUGAAGGUAAAUUUGAUGUAUUUUUGAACUGUCUAAUUCCUGCGUAUAUUCGAAACCUGUGCUCUGUUGUGGUGUGAUGUUUCAGGCCAGUAAAGAGGUCAUAUGUCGUGAAGAAUAUGUCAAUCUUAGACACUAGCCUUCGUGUUGAAGAGAAAAUGAAGGUCUUUGAAGGUCACUGGGAUUAAGAAGCUCCAAAAUAUGCCAUGCUAAACACUCUGUAGCUGUUGUCUUGUAGUUUGCCUUUUCAACUCGAGCCUUGUUCUUUGGGCUGUAAAAUACCUGUUGUGCAACUGCAUCAGUGUUUUUUUCUGUCUGCCGUUCACAGUUAAAUGUGAUUGCAAUCAUGUCUGGCAUUAUUACUUUAUAAAAAAAAUUACAGUCGGGUUGGUAUUCAUAUAGAAUGCUUGCUCUUGGAUUAGUUUUACCAUUAUGUUCAUUUUCAGUUGACAACUGCAGGUUCAGAAAAUGAUCCUUUGUAUUUCGGAGGUUUGAAUACAAGGUUUUGUGCAUUCCAGAAAUUUUAGGUCACCCUUGAACCCAUCACUCAGGCUGUUGCAGAGGUACCUUAAGAACGUUUAUUUGAUGAGUGAGCUAUUUUUUUCCAAAUUCAAACUUCUCUACGAUAUAAUCUUGUCCAUGUUUAUAAAAUAGUUGUUAAGCAGAUUUAGCAGCAACUUCCCCCUGAACAGACAAAUUAUUUUAAUGCACUAACAUUCUUUGGGAUGGGAAACUGGACUCGAUUGCUUGUUGACAGAGAUGCACUUUUGACUGCACUAGUAGUAUGUAUCAGUGGCCUUGGUGCAGUUUCUUGUCAAGAAUUUAAUUAAGAACAUUUAAAAAAACAUGCAAAAAAGAACAUUACUGCACAACACAAAAAGGAUGGUUCUUCCAUUGGUGUAUCUUUCUUGGCUCACCUGUAGCAUAAAUUGUUGCACAGGGACGACGCCAUCCUAUGUACUCCACCAAAAAAAUUUGGCUCCGCACCUAUUGUAGCCUGCCGAAACCCUCCUAGCUCGGUUCGCUCACUUUUUAGCCAAUCAGCAAACAGUUGAGAGUGAUGACACAGAACUCACCAGCUAAGUCCAUUACUGAUUGGUUAAGGCAACACUAUUAUUCACACUUUUGUUUUGUUAUUUGUAUGCUUCUGCGACACUAUAUCGUAACAGUCAUGCUAAUAAAGCACAAUAUGGGUUUUAAUUUGAAUUUGGAACUCCAAUGAAUUUAAAUGGCAGAGUAAGAUCAGACCAUCUCCCACCCUCCAUGGAGACGGAUUCCUCUUAGCUUUCGCCAGACUGUUUGACGGAGUCAACAGUCGGCUUUCGCCCAGGCUAGGAAAAGCCACCAAAGAAUGGAUGGAAAGGCUAUGACUUUCUCCAGGAAGCCCAUUUCAUGUCAUUCAUUUACAUAUCAACAGUGCAACUCAUCUUUCUGGUAUCUUCUUUUGUCAUCGUUACUCAGCGAUUAUGCAACAGGGCGGAGGUCUGUGUGGUGGCAUUACGGAGGUGUGGGGGUGGAUUGGGACUGUCGUGAUGGGUGAUAUGGGUGUGGUGUGCUGAUUUAGCAUUGGGUAGUGGGACCUGGGACCUGGGCCAAGACUGGAAAGACCACAGGGCACAUCUCAAAGUCCUGUGACAAGAAAUGAAUGUCAGAAUUAAUACAUUUACACACAUGCACUCAAGGGGAAAAUCUCUCUCUUUCAUUAUCAAAAUCCCCCAGCUCAAAUACGAUAAGCCUCCACCAUUUCAGUGCAUAGGCUCAGUUAUUUUUGACACUCCAAGCACAUUUGUUAGAUUUGUUUUGCCUUUUUAUAUCAUUUCACUUUGUCACUUUAUGAUUGUAUCUCUGGAAAAUCUACUUUGAGCUUUCUGUUAAUAUAAUAGCUUCAAUUAUUAAAUUUUAAUUGCUUUUGUACAUGUAGGCUACAAACUGCUGACGUUGCUGUAAAACUGAACCAUGUCUUUGUGCUGUAAACAGUGCUAUGUUACAGUUGUUAUUAGUGUGCCAUGGGUAAUUUUUUUACGCUAUCAAGCAUUCCAUUCCAUGGGCAUUAAAAGUAUAUCACUC